AUAUACUUCAUGAUUACUUUACAUUGGCCUACAAAAUGUCAAAACAGGACAGCUAUAAUGACUUGAAUCACUGCAAUAAUUCUCCAAAAACACUUUUUAAUUGGCUUUCCUGAAUUCCCUAUUUUUCCUUUCUCCGAACAGAAAAAAAGAGAACAAAAAUGUUAAGAGAUUUUGAGGGUCAAAGCGACUUAAUGGACUACAUCGAUGAAGAAUUGGCCGUCAUACUCGGCCACGAGUUUCUGGAUAGCGGCGGCCGCCACCCGUCACCGUCCGGCGAGCCGCCGCUACAGGCAGUCGAGUCAAUAUUCAGCGGCGAUUCUAGUAAUCACGAUAGAGGCGAUUGUCCCUGGCCGGCCACACUUGAUUUCAGAAACAACAAGAAUGCCGGAAAAAGUGAGGGGGAAAAUGGGGGACAGGGGAAUUCGCCGGAUGCCGUGGAAGGUUCUGGAAAGGAGUUGAGAAGGGAUAUUGAGGGGACAAAACGCGCGAGCAAGGCGCGUAGGGUGAGGCCGGCUUCACAGACUUACGAUCACAUCAUAGCGGAGAGAAAGCGGCGGGAGCAGCUCAGCCGGUUCUUCAUUGCGCUCUCUACCAUGGUCCCCGGACUCAAGAAGAUGGAUAAGACAUCAGUUUUGGGCGACACCAUAAACUACUUGAAACACCUUCAAGAAAAGGUCAGCAGCUUAGAGGAGCAAGUCAGUAGGAAUACAAUGGAAUCCAUUUUGCUAGUCAGCAAGUCCCAUGUAGUCGAGGACGAGGGCUCUUCUGAUGAGCGGAGUUGGGCCGGCCCAAUAGACGGCCCAGAGAUCGAGGCCCGGGUUAGUGGCAAAAGUGUCCUGCUAAAGGUCAUCUGUGAAAAGCAGAAAGGGGUUUUGGUGAGGCUUGUGGCCGAGGUCGAGAACUUUGGGUUGACCGUGGUCAACACAAGCGUCACGCCUUUUGGGGGCUUCUCGCUUGCCAUUACUGUUAUUGCUGAGAUGGAUAAAGAAGUCAGCUUAUCAGGCAAAGACAUGGUGAAAGCUCUACGUUUAGCUCUAAAGUCUGCCGAUAAUUGAUCAAUAUCAAGAAGAUUACUUUUUGCAAUUGAACCACUAGCUAGCUUGUUUUCAGGUUCUUUAUUCUGAAAUUAGUGUUAAAUGAGUUGUAUUUGUAUUUAAAACAGUCUUCNAAAAAAAAAAAAAAAAGGAAAAUUGGUCCGUUUUCAUUGAAAUUUUCAGUUAGAAUGGUGCACUUGGAAAUAAAAGUGUAAUCAUCAGCCGUAUUCGUGAAAACAAUGCAUACAUCCACAAAAUAAUCAAACCUCUUAAAUAUAGAUGAAUAUUCUGAACUUUGAUGAUUAAAGUACUAUAAAUGUUUAUAAAAAAAAUUACUAUCGACAUAUCCUUUUGGGGAAAAAGAUUUCGUGAUAUUUCAAUAUUGACACUCGUAAAAUUGUGACUCCUAAUAGAAACGAGUCAUUUAUCCAAUUCGAUGAAAAAUGAAAUUGUUGAUUUAUGAAUUUG